AGAGGCGACCGUACAUGUGGCAAUGAAUCUCUCACCCCAUUUAUGCUACUUUAUCUGAGGGUAAUGGGUCACGAAAGCAUCAACUGUUCAUCAAGUGACUGCCUACUUGAGAAAUACUACUUAUCCACUGUGUAUUCACUGGAGUUUAUAUUCGGGAUUCUUGGCAAUAGUAUAGUGAUGUUUGGCUAUAUUUUCUGCAUGAAGAAGUGGACCAGCGGAAGUGUGUACCUAUUCAACCUGUGCUUAUCAGACUUUGUUUUCCUAUGCACCCUUCCUCUACUGAUUCAAAGCUACACCCACGGGAGCUGGAUGUAUGAGGUGUUCCUGUGCUAUAGCAAUAGAUACUUGCUGCAUGCCAAUCUCUACACUAGCAUACUUUUUCUAACCUUCAUUAGUAUUGAUCGAUACUUGAUUAUUAGGUUUCCUUUUAAAGAUCAUAUUAUGCAGAAGAAGAAAACAGCUAUUGUCAUUUCUGUUGGUGUUUGGAUUGUGGUCAUGUUAGAAAUAGCGCCAAUUCUGUUUUUUAUAGAAUUGCGCAACAACAGCCAAUGCCUCAGCUAUGCAAGCUCAGGGAUGGCGUCUUACAGUCUUGUAUACAGUGUAUGCCUCACUGUCACAGGUUUUAUCAUCCCCUUGUGUACCAUGUGUAUAUUUUACGUGAAAAUGGCUGGCUUUUUGAAAACCAGAAGUCAAUCCCUUACAACAACCUUCUCUCUGGACAAACCUCUCACUUUAGUGUCUGUUGCUGUGAUGGUGUUUUUUUUAUUAUUUACUCCAUAUCACAUCAUGAGAAAUGUCAGGAUUGCCUCACGUAUGGAGGGAUUGCAGCUGAGUGAAGAAGCAAUGAUCACCAUCAAUUCCAUCUACGUCAUCACAAGACCGAUUGCCUUCUUGAACAGUGUGAUAAACCCUGUGUUCUAUUUUCUUAUGGGGGACAAUUUUAGGGAAAUGUUGCUAGCCAAAAUACGGCGCUGUUUCAAAAUUAUGGAAUGCCCCUGCACAUACGAUUUAAAACCCAACUGCAAUAAAUCAAGGGGUUAUACAGAAGAUUCUUAGCAGUAACAGUUUUUACAAUAUAACUGUAUAUAGUAUAUUUUUCUGUUAAACAGAGCAGCACUGAAUAGAAUUGUUUUAUUGGACUAUAGCUGACAGAUAAAUACAACAAUAAAUAUCAAUAAGAGACAGAUUUGGGGCCAUUAUGGUCUACAUUAUCAAUAGCACAUAAUUAAUGUACUUUGUAGCAAUGUUCAGACAUCAGUCCAGGACCAGAAACACUGCAGAAAGGACUUGAGAAACUAUUUAAAUGAGAAACAUAAUUUUUAAAAGCUGUUCUCUGUAGGAUUUUCACUAUAGAAAAUAACAAUUUAUUAGGACUUCCUAGGCAUUCAAACUGGUCUCUGCCAUCAAUCAGUGGCCGACCCAUAUGGACUGUUUUUGCCUUAUUCCAGGUAACAAAAAAUUCUGGGUCAUCAGGGUCCAGGUUAACAGAACUAUUCCCUAUUUUGAUGGUGUGAAGUUCCCCCUAACAUUGUAGGUAUGAUAUUUUAUGUUCUCGUUCCCUUUGGUAAUCCUAAAGCCGCCGGUCAGAAUACCAGGUUUCCAAUGAAGUCCAUGGACGGCAUAUCAUGUCUGAAGCCCAGGAUGUUGUAGGUGCUGUGGACAAGACCAGAACAAUUUAUCUCUGGAACAUGUGCAUCCACCAGAGAAUCAGAUAGUUUUGGCCCUGUCUAUAGCACCUGCCGCAUCCUCGGCUGUGGAAGUAACUUGCCCAUCCAUAAACCAGACCAGAAACCUUUUAUUCUGAUGUAGGAUUUUUAGAUAGUAAUUAUAUUGGAAACUUUUUGUUGCAAGCAAGUUAUGAUUAUUUAUGAUUGGUUGAUAAGUCUCACUGGGUCCUGGAAAACCCCUUCAAAUGAACCUGUCAUCCAUUUCAUGCUGCCCAAACCACAGGUAACAUGAAAUCCUGAUAGGCUUACUCACUACAGGGAGAUAUGUUUUACUUUUAAACUCCACAGUGUUUUGUUUUCAAAAAUGAGCGUGGCAACAGGAGCAAGCUCUUCUGUUUGGUUGGUUGCAGGUCUCUACAUAUUUACAUAUGGGGAGAGACUUGUCAGAGGAUCACGUGAGGGUCUGCUGCUAGAAUUUCCCAGCAUUAUUGCUAUCAUUAAUACAUACCUUUGUAUUGUACAGGAAAGCCUGACGCUCUGGCUAACAGAGAGAGAGUUUCAGAAGGUUAGGCCUCCCUAUUGAAACAAUAUUCCCAAGAAGGUCAUUUGGAAAUGGGCUGUCUAAAGCAGGCAACCUAUUAAAGCCUAUGUUCACCUUUAUACCAAAGUAAGCUUGAAAAUGGCCUUAAAAGGGUAUUCCCAUCUUAGACAUUGUGGACAUAUAGUUGGGAUAUGCCCCCAAUGUCAGAGAGGAGCUUGCAAAGGGGUGGUGGAUGCAUUCAUCCCAUUAAGGGGUGCUGAAAAUAGCUGAGCCAGCUGGCACAGCUAUUUCCAUAAGCCCCAUAGAAGUGAAUGGAUUGGUGACCGCUCUUGCAUGGUGUGCUUACUAUUAAUUUCUAUAGGACUUCUGAAAAUAGCCAAGUGCGCCACUCGGCUAUUUUCAGCACCACCAAAUAAAUUAUUGAGGGUGCCGCGCACGUGUCCUAACGAUAAGCCCUCAAUGUCCAAAAGAAUAACACUUUAAUUAAAAAUCUCCAACAAUUUUGAUGUUGGAUUUUCUAUGUGUCUACAUGGUAACAGACUUCGAACUUUGUGUAGUCUCAACUUUCAGUCAUACUCCCUUUUAUACAAUCUCUGAACAAACAUCUGGUCAGUUACUAAGACCUAGGGCACAGCUGGAAUAGAGUUUGUGGUCUGUUACCAUGGAAAUUCAAAUGUCUGUAUAGGAGCUGAAAAUGCUAAAUAGUACUGUUUUAUUCAAGAUCAUUUUCAAAGUCCCUUUAUUUUAGGAUCCAUGCUCCUCCUGUAUUAAUUAAAUUAUUGUAAAAUGCUUGUUAAAGUAUUGUGUGUGUGUAUAUAUAUAUAUAUAUAUAUAUAUAUAUAUAUAUAAAACUAAAAAUCGUCUUACAUUAUUCAGCUCUUCUGCCAAGUGAGUUAUUGUGUAUUAAAUUAUUAUGCUAAAUGAACCAUUUGUCUUCUAAUGGCCACAUUUCUGAAGUGCCAUAAAUGUUUUGCAUGCCAAUAUAACUUCUCCUACAUGGAGAAUUGUAAGGCCAUAAACAGUAUUAGACUAUGUGCAUUGUAUAUUCCAAUGAAUUGACUGUUUUAAUGUUUUAAGAAUUAGCAAUGAUAAGUUUAGGAGUCAUGUCCCUGUAUGCUGUAUGUUCUCCUUGUAUAUGAUUGCAAUCACUCACCAUUUUCUCUACCAUGUUCCUUAUAUGAUUACUUCUAUUUAAUGGUAAUUUAUAGUGUGCAUUAUUUGUAAAUAAAAAUGAGGAACUAUGAGUAAAA